UCCACGGAGAGGGACAGCGAGGGAAUGUCGGCCCUUGAGUCCUCUUCAGCCGAUUGUCUGAGAAGGGCAGAAUCUGUUGCUUAAUAUGAAGAAAAGCAAUGGUCGGACAGGUCGAAAGAGAAGAAGAAGAAAACGCUUGGAGGGUUUUGUGGAUGGAGUCAACUGCAGUCACAAGCUGAAAUACAUUGAACUUAAGAAAUGGCUCAAAGACAGAGGAUUUGAAGACAGUAAUUUAAGGCCAGCAGAGUUCUGGGGGACAGGAAGAGGACUGAUGGCAACAAAAGCUCUUCGGGCAGGAGAUCUGAUUAUUUCGUUGCCUGAGAAGUGUUUGCUCACCACUGGCACUGUCCUCAGCAGCUGCUUGGGAGGGUACAUUGGGAAAUGGAAGCCCCCUGUGUCUCCAUUGCUGGCACUGUGCACAUUUUUGAUAGCAGAGAAACACGCUGGGGAGAAAUCUCCAUGGAAGCCCUACCUGGAUGUUUUACCCAAGACGUACACUUGCCCUGCUUGUUUGGACCCUGAUUUACUAAACCUUCUCCCAGAACCCUUAAAAAAGAAGGCUCAGGAGCAGAGAAUGAUGAUCCAUGAGUUGUUUGUAUCUUCAAAAGCUUUUUUCUCUUCCCUGCAGCCUUUAUUUGCUGAAAACACAGGAAUUAUUUUUAACUACAGUGCUUUAGAGUGGGCUUGGUGCACUGUAAAUACCAGGACAAUCUACAUGAAACAUCCUCAGAGGGAAUGCUUUUCCCUGGAGCCAGAUGUUUAUGCAUUGGCACCAUAUUUAGAUUUGCUAAACCACAACCCAAAUGUUCAGGUCAAGGCUGCGUUUAACGAGCAGACCAGGAGCUAUGACAUUUGGACAAAUUCACCGUGCAAAAAACAUCAGGAAGUUUUUAUCUGCUAUGGACCUCAUGAUAAUCAGAGGCUGCUGCUGGAAUAUGGAUUUGUUGCCAUGGAUAACCCUCACAGCAGCGUUUAUGUCUCACCAGAUACUCUUCUCAAGUAUUUUUCACCACUGGACAAGCAGAGAAAGGCCAAAGUUUCCAUUCUAAAGGAUCAUGAUUUCCUAGAGAACCUGACCUUUGGAUGGGAUGGACCAUCAUGGAGACUCCUCACAGCCCUCAAGGUGCUGAGUCUGGGAGCAGAUGAAUUUGCCUGCUGGAGGAGGACCCUGCUUGGGGAUGUCAUUUCAGCCAGCAAUGAACAACAGGCUUUGGACAYAGCUGCAAAAAUUUGUCAUUUUUUAAUAGAGGAGACCCAGCAUGUCCUUCUCCAGUUGAAAAGGGACAAAGAGAACCACAAAACCCACCUGGCUUUGGUGGAAAUGCUGCGCUCAGAAGAUCUGAGGAUCCUUCAAAAAUCAGCUGAGAUUCUUUGCAACUUGAAUUUGGCAAAACCUUGAGGCCUCUAGAGCUGUGACAUGGACAUGCCUUGCUCAACUGUUUUAAUGGACCUGAGCAGCAAAGAAUUAUUUAAAAAUUCAGCAGAAUAAUUUUGUUUCUUUGCUGACUUUCACACAGAAGGUUCUGCUGAAGUGAAGAGCUCAAGCUGCUCRUGUGGAUUGGAGAAAAGAGAAUUUUUUUAAGCAUUUCAGGGCAGGACCCUUAUUUUAACUGCACAAACUUCAUUUGUAGUUGUUAUUGUGUAGUGAUUAUUUUCCAUUUUGUGGGUUUAAAAAGGGUUUAUUUUUAUAAAUAUAUUAUUUCAUUUUCUACAAGACUUCUCUAUUUUAUUUUUGUAAAAUUCUUGCUAGAGUUGGAACUCCAUUUCUCACAUSCUUGAGGCCAACUUACCUUCAGAUUUGCCUCAGUUAUGUUUUUAAAUCACUUACCGCCAUAUUUGACACUCUUGCCAGUCCCAAUCAGUCCUGAUCAGUUUAGAUUGGAUAUCAGGAAUUAUUUUUUCAUGGAAAGGGUUGUCAAACAUUGGAAUAGGAUGCCCAGGGAAGAGUUACCAUCCCUGGAGUGAUCAAAAAACAUGGAUGUGGCACUUGAGGRCUCRUUUCAAUGAUGACCRUGGUUGUGAUGCUGGGGUGAUGGYUGGACUUUGAGCUUWAAUUCUUUUCCAGCCUUAACAAUKCCAUGAUUCUCUGGCUCUGAAGUGCCUCCUGAGAUUCCUUUGGAUUUGGGAAUGCUGUACUGCAGGGAAUUCUAACCAGUUUGUCUCGAGUUACUUCUGUGCCACUAACUGGCAACAGCAGAGAGAAGCUCAGCCCCUACCCUGUGACUGUUUGACCUCCUACCUUCCUUUAAUAAACCCUUUUUCAUUUUCCACUACCAGCUGUGUUUCCAAUUUUAUAAUWUAAUAUCAGAAUGGUGCCAGAGUUAAAGGAGAUAAGGAUGUUUGGUUGGUUUCUCUCUCUUUUUUUCCUGGGCAUGGUUAUUUUAGGAACAGCUCCUGUACAAUGUGUCUGGCAAGGUGAAUACGAGUUUGACAGAAGUUUGAUUKGCUUCAGGAUUGCUCUGGGGGCUCCACAUUUCUUCCAGGUGGUUUGGAUAUGAGCUCUGCUCCUGGAAACUCCUACACAGCCUCCAGGGAGAGCAGGAAGYGGGGCUGGAAAUGCAGGAGAGAAGGCAGAGCACGGCAAUUUAUGGGUAUUUAUAUAAAUACACCUUAAAUUUAAAUUUAAGUUUAAACUUUUUUGAGUCAACCAAAACCAUGWGGAAGUCAAGGUAUCCUGAGGAAACAGCAGCACUGGGAAUGCUCUCCACCUGUUUUACAGGAUGCCAAAUCAAGUUUUCAGAGUGCAAAUUCUCCCUCUCAGCCUCUGCUUUGAGCUGCAAAUAUAGUUUCUUCACUUCAGUGUUGUGCUGUUAAUAUUUGACUCUGGCUCUCUGUUCCCUGAGAUGGAAAAUGGGAAAAAAAUGCGUUAUUUCCCACUUGGUAUCAAUUUCCUUUCAGAYUGAAUCCGCAAAUCUGAGCAAUAGUGGGAAUAAACCCAGGUUCUGCCUAGGAGUGAUAAAAACCUGGUCCAGAGCAUGGCAUGGAGUUGGAUUCUCUUCCAGCUUUUCAUUCCUAACUGGAGAUUAGGAAAAAAAUUCCCUGUCAGAGUGGUCAGGCCUUGGAAUGAGCUGCCCAGGGAGGGGGUGCAGUCCCUGUSUCUGGGAGUGCUCAGGAGGAGUCUGGAUGUGGCCCUUGGGGACAGGCUUUGGGGUGAUGCUGCUGGGCUGGGGUGGCACUGGCUGAUCCYAAAGGUCCCUUCCCAUCCUGAUGAUUUUGGGAUUCAAGGAGAGCUGGAAUGGGAAUACUCUCAGUGACUGCAGCGAAGACACUGGGUUUGUUUAAGGUGAUCAGAGCCACUUGAUUUCAUGUAGURAGACCACAAGGCAGAAAUAGCAC